GUACUGUCCAAGAAGCUAGAACACUGUUAUCCAGUAAGAAUGUUCGUGUCAACUGUUUGGAUGAGAACGGGAUGACUCCUCUAAUGCAUGCAGCGUAUAAAGGAAAACUUGAUAUGUGCAAGUUGCUUUUACGACACGGAGCCGAUGUGAAUUGUCACCAGCAUGAACAUGGAUACACAGCCCUCAUGUUUGCUGCACUCUCUGGUAAUAAAGACAUCACAUGGGCAAUGUUGGAAGCCGGGGCAGAGACAGAUGUUGUCAACUCCGUAGGGAGAACAGCAGCUCAGAUGGCAGCCUUCGUGGGUCAACAUGAUUGUGUGACAAUAAUCAACAAUUUCUUUCCGAGAGAGAGACUGGAUUAUUACACAAAGCCCCAGGGGCUGGAUAAAGACCCUAAACUGCCCCUGAAGUUGGCUGGCCCACUGCACAAAAUCAUCACCACAACAAAUCUUCACCCCGUCAAGAUUGUGAUGCUUGUAAAUGAGAAUCCUCUGCUGGCAGAAGAAGCUGCCCUGAAUAAAUGCUAUAAGGUGAUGGAUCUGAUUUGUGAGAAAUGUAUGAAACAAAGAGACAUGAAUGAAAUCCUGGCAAUGAAAAUGCAUUAUAUCAGCUGUAUCUUUCAGAAAUGCAUCACCUUCUUAAAAGAUGGAGAGAAUAAACUGGACGCCCUGAUCAAAAGCUUGUUAAAAGGCCGAGCUUCUGAUGGCUUUCCAGUAUAUCAAGAAAAGAUCAUUAGAGAAAGUAUCAGAAAAUUUCCUUACUGUGAAGCUACUCUCCUCCAGCAACUGGUGCGAAGCAUCGCUCCUGUUGAAAUUGGUUCAGAUCCCACUGCGUUCUCUGUACUUACCCAAGCCAUCACUGGGCAGGUGGGGUUCGUGGAUGUUGAAUUUUGUACCACCUGUGGAGAAAAGGGAGCAAGUAAAAGAUGUUCAGUAUGCAAAAUGGUAAUAUAUUGUGACCAAACUUGCCAGAAAACACACUGGUUUGCACAUAAGAAAAUCUGUAAGAAUCUGAAGGAUGUGUAUGAGAAGCAGAAGUUGGAGGCUGCCAAAGAAAAGAGUCAAGAGGAGACGGAUGGCAAAUCCGAUGUCAACUCUAGUUGUUCUAAUGCAGAGCAACCAGGGGCUGAAGUGGGUGUCUCCCAGGAGGAGUCCAGUGCUAAAGAUCCUGUAGAAGAGGAGAAAGAGCCUGCUGGAAGUGAGGCUGGGUUGGCAGGUGUACAGGACGCCCCUGCAGCCCCACAGGUCUCUGAGGAGUAGGAGCCGCAGCCGCUGCCCGUGUGGAUGGUCCUCAUCCUGGCAGGCGCCCGGAGAGCUCACGUGACUGUGUCCUCUUUGCCUCGCUACCCCUGCAUGGCACCAUGGUGGGACUGCGCAUUUCACAGAAUAGAGGCUUUCAAGCAAAGCUCUAUCUGCCGUGCCCUGAUUUCCUAUUGAUUUCUGUUCUAUAAUUGGACAAGCAUUUCUAUAGAAAAAUGCUUUCUUUCAAAACGCAGGAAAAACAUUUCUAUUCCCUUUCUUAGGCUGGUCCUCCAGCAAUUGUUCUCACAGGAAAAUCAAUCCCCUGAAAGAAAGAAGUACAGACUGUAGGCAACAAAGGGACAAACAGAAAAGGUGUGAAAGGGAAGAGAUUUUUCAAGAAAGAAAAAUUUUAUAGCCACAGAAAUGAGUAGUUAAAAAAAACAUGUGAAUAAAAUGCAUAUAAUAGCAUUUAUAAUAGUGAAGUUCUGCGUACUGAGAUGUAAUGAAUUGAAGAAAAGCUGUAUGUUUAAAAUAAAGAUCUUCACCGCUGCUCAGCUAAGUGAAUUUUUAUGUAGAAAUUCUCCUGAGCGGUCUGAACUUCAUAUAGUUUCUGCUGUGAAGUUCUCUGCUGCAGUUGUACCUGCAGAAAUGUCAGCUCCCUUGGAAGGAGCUGAGGUGUACCAUGGCUAGGGCUGUCGCAGCAUGUGCAUUAAACACUCCUGUACAUUUUUGAUUAAGUAGUGGUGAUACAUACGAUACAUACAAUUCUUACGAGACUGUGUGCCAUACUGUACCUGAAAGAGUUUUAUCUUCCUGUAAGCUUUUUAUGGGACUCUUCCUGUCCAGAACCUGUGAUUUUUAACUGUCAUUUACAGAAUGUCCUGCCCUGUUUGUAGCAUAUGUGAUAUUUAAACAGAGCUGGAAUGUCUAAAGAU